UUGAUAUUGUACUUCUUCGUGAUUUAUUUCUUGGAAAAGAAGAGAUUAUUCAAAAGCAUUGCCCAGUAAAAUUUUAUAAAUUUACACCACGGGAUCUUGAAGCUUGUCCAUUUAUUGCAAUAGUAUGUGUCGGAACACACAACCAUCCACCUCCGCCUCCAGAAAAAAUACCUGUUGAUAUUAAAUUGA